AACGAGGCCGAAAACCCUCUAUUUAAGAUAUACCUUGUUAUAAGCUACAUUUUUCCAUCCCCAGUAGGUAUAUCUCCAGGUCCGGCUAUUAUACAAUUUUUCAAGUUUUUCUUUCUUUUAAGUCUUCCACAUCGUUUAAUUUUUGCUGUUUUAUGUUGGGAUUCAAUUUUAUUAUAUAAUUCACAAAAUGAAACUCCAUUCGCUUAUUUUGCAAAUUUACACUAUGAUGGAUUAACAAGUAUUGCGUGGACUCCCGAUGGACGUUUUUUGGUUGUUUCUUCAUUAGAAGGAUUUAAUUCUUUUAUUUGUAUGGAUACAAAAAAGAUGGGUAUUCCUAUUGAAUUAAAGGAGGUUCUACAAGUUGAAAAAGUGCAACAAGAUGAUGACAAAGCCAACCAAUUACCUUCUGAUAACCUCCCUUCAACAACAAACACACCAAAACAAACACCAAUUGAUGUUUUAUCUCUUCCAGAUUCACCCAAAUUGAUAACUCCAAAACGACCACGUGUAAAAAGGACGUUAUUAAACAAUACACCACAAACACCUAAAAGGGCAAAACCUGAAGAAAAUUGUUCUAGUUCUACUGUUGGAGAAUCACCCAAAGUUGGUGUUGUUGAGAAGAAGAAACCAAGGAAAGUAACGGUUAUUUCAACUGAUUAA